UAUGUUACAGCUAAUAAAUCGAGCUAUCUGUGAGGUAAAAGUGACUGUCGAUAAAGAACACACUACGCCAUCUACCUCAAUAACUGGAAACUUUAGCAGCCUUCGAAGUUCUCUUCUCUAUCUAGGAGGCGCUGGAGAUGACGCUAUUUGGGACGGCAGCGGGAAAAGUAUUAAGAAUUUUACUGGGUGCUUGAAAAAGGUCGGCUAUCAGGCAGAUUCGAUGAAAAUAGAUAUUUUACGAUGGGCUAAAAAAGAGAACCAGCUUUUUCACAUUGAAGGAGGAGUUAGCUUUAAGGGUUGUUCACAAGCCAUUUUCUUCGCCUCCCAGUCUAGCUCGGUUAUUCUAGAACCUUGGCUGGCAAUUCCAGGCAGUAAAUUACACUUGGAGUUUCGAACUGUACAAAACAGCAGUCAAUUAGUGAUGGGUCGAGGGAGGAAGGAUUUUUUUGGUCUCGAGGUCUUUGAGAGCCAAUUAUAUCUAAUUAUUAAUUACGGAGGGGGCACGUUGAAAGCAAAGAUCAGCGAGAAACCGGUAAAUGAUGGAUUAUGGCAUGACGUUCGUUUGGAGCAUAAUGGAGAAACUGGUAAAGUUUACUUGGACCAAGACGAAUUUAUUAGAUAUUCUUCAGAUCGAAAGAGUGCAGAAUUAAAUUUAGCUUCCGGUAGUUUGUAUUUAGGUGCUUUAAAUCAGAGUUCUGAUUACCCAAAAGAAUUCUGGUCCGGAAAAUUAGGAUUCGGCUUUCAGGGUUGUAUUCGAAGAGUUGAGUUAAACGACAGGGUUGUUGAUUUAUGGAACAGUCAGAAAAAACAAACACUUUACGGAGAGGCUGUGAAAGUAUCACUGCCAGUUCGUGUGCUUCUUCCCCGUGCUGGAAUGGUGGUAUUUGUAAAAGAAGCUGGGACAGUUACACCUGUGAUUGUCGGGCCACGUCAUUCAAAGGAAAAAACUGCGAUAAACGUAAGUACUCUCAGCUCAAUCGCCAUCUGGUGUUAGAGCGUAAGCCAAUGAAGUAAGAUAAAAGUAGUAUUGACAAACCAACUGACUAGUUUGUAGGAAAAACGAAAACGAGUGUGCCGCCACUUAACUUUGUUCAAUCAUUUAACGUUUGCUGGGCGUCACUAAUAUGAUAAACGCGUUUGACUGGUUGCUGCCUGAAACGUCUUAUCUGACAGACAAUGGCCUGAAGUAUGGAAUUCUAUAUCGAAUAAUUUUUUUGUGGCGUCCCGCAAACUGUACUUUUUCUAUUAUCUAAGGGAUCUGCGUUUAAUCCCUUAGUAAUCAAGACCGUCUAGCCUAGGCGUUCUUACUGGCCUGAAUUCCUCUUCUCCUCUUUUGAUUUUCUUUGACCCCCCAAUCCAAUUAAAGUUAUCUAUAGUGGCAUUUUUCUCGACAAGAAAUAGUUGGUAAAGAGGAAUAAGAGAAGGAGAAAAAAACAUGCCAAGCACGUUAUCAACGUUCGAACGACGCUCUUGCUUGGGCGGUGACAAGAGCGGAAAUUGUGAAAAGACGUUAGUCUGACUGAAUGCACCUGGGCUCCCCGAAGACUUUAGUUUUGCUUGUCGACGACGUUUAUCUCCGUUUCCGGGGGAAGUUAGAACUUGUUUAACUCGGUCGUUCUGUGUGUGUCGUCUACCGGAAGGUGGAAAUUCCCGCACUAGGGACAGCCCAUCUAAUUCCCAAAACUCAUCCCCGAGACCUUUUCAGGCGCGGCUGUCGCAGCAAUCAGCAAAUUUUAGAAUAAAA